AUGAGACUCUUCCGAACAUUGUCUCUUAUCUGUGCCAUUUGUUUAGCAUUUUCCAAUAGUGCGGAAAUUGGUAGGCGAACUAAACGCCAGUUUGGAUUUCCCGGAGCUGGUCCUCCAAGGCCUGGCGGACCUCCUGGUUUUCCAGGUGGACCGCCUUAUGGACCCGGAGGAGGUUUUGGAAGACCGGGAUAUGGUUUCGGAUUUGGACGUCCAGGAUAUGGUGGUGGCUAUGGCGGGGGCUAUGGUGGACGUGGAUAUGGUGGAUAUGGUGGCAAUAGAGGUGGUACUGAUACUACUACAAGUAGUGGUGGACUCUUCGAUAUUUUUGGUUAA